ACGGAAGACGCGGCUUGCACGUUAUCGACUCGUGUUUACAAAUUGGGCUGAAUCUCAAAUGGCUUCUUGUUGGUUAUACAGUACACUGGUGGAGGCUGAAUAACCCGCUGUGUUAAAGCAGCAUGUAGGGCGGCUAUGUAGGGAGCAGUAAGUGGUUUGGGAUUGAGCCCGAGUGACCCGGCGUGAUCCUCCUGAGUAGCACAUCUUUACAGUGACAGACUUCUGUAAAUGAAAACGUUAUUCUAGUUCUGUUGUGUGACCACAGGAAGCAUGAAAAUGAAAGUUGUUGCAUUAAUAAGUGGUGGCAAAGACAGCUGUUACAACAUGAUGCAGUGUGUUGCUGCAGGACACACUAUAGUAGCACUUGCCAACCUCAGACCAGCUCACACAGAUGAACUGGACAGCUACAUGUAUCAAACAGUUGGUCAUCAGGCUAUUGAGCUGUAUGCAGAGGCUAUGGAUCUGCCACUGUACCGGAGGACGAUCGAGGGCUCGAGUGUGGACACAGGCAGAGAAUACCACCCGAAUGAUGCCGACGAAGUGGAAGACCUGUACCAGCUACUUAAACUUGUGAAGGAAAAGGAGCACGUUGAAGCUGUUUCAGUAGGAGCCAUUCUGUCUGACUACCAGCGAGUUCGGGUGGAAAAUGUGUGCUCCAGGUUGCAGCUGCAGCCCCUGGCGUAUUUGUGGCGCCGAGAACAGGCUGAUCUGCUCAGCGAAAUGAUCACCUCCGGCCUCCAGGCUGUGCUCAUCAAGGUGGCCGCGUACGGUCUGAAUCCUGGAACACAUUUAGGAAAGACUCUGGCUGAGAUGGAACCCUAUCUGCAUCAGCUUUCGAAGAAGUACGGGGUGCAUAUCUGCGGCGAAGGUGGCGAGUACGAGACCUUCACUGCUGACUGCCCUCUCUUCAAGAAAAGAAUAGUCAUCGAUGCAAUGGAGACGAUCAUGCAUUCAGACGAUGCCUUCGCGCCGGUCGCAUACCUGCGCUUUACACAGAUGCACACAGAGGACAAACCGAACGGCUCCACAGAGAGCGUGCUGCCCCUCGCUAGCUGUCCUUGCCAGAGUGCCAUUGACAUGAUGACUGAGGAGACGGUCUAUGCCGAUAAAGCCCACGACGUACAAGAAGAAUUUGCAUCAAAUGGUGACCUUAGCUGUCACACCGAGACGUGUGCAUGUUGUGUGUGCCAUGUGCUUCAGGAAUGCCAGCUUAUAAGCUCAGCCAGAAGUUCUGCCGGUUAUCAGUGGAUCACUGGAAUCAGCGGUCAAUCCUCUGAUCAUACAAAUAUCCAGAGCCAGAUGGAGCAUGCCUUCACCAUACUGCAAGGUGAAUUACAGGAGAAGGGGUGGCAGAUGAAGCACAUCGUUCUGGUUCACUUGUUUGUAAGAGACAUGGAGGACUUUGGGAACGUGAACGCAGUGUACCGCAAAUUCUUCAGCCACUGUCCUCCAGCCAGGGUGUGUGUGCAGGCUCGGCUGCCCAUGGGUCAGCUCGUGCAGAUGGAUGUGCUGCUUCAUGACUGGUGUGUGGCUCCUGAAGAAGGUAGCUUCCAGCACAGAGACACGCUGCACGUGCAGAGCGUGUCUCAUUGGGCACCGGCGAACAUCGGGCCCUACAGCCAGGCUGUGAAGGUGGAGGAAGCCAUCUUCUGUGCAGGUCAGAUUGCAUUGCUUCCCUGCACCAUGCAGCUGCUGAGGGGUGGUCCAAGCUCACAGGCCCAGCUGUGUUACAGCCAUGUGGAGAAAGUGCUGCGUGCCAUGAGUGCCAGUCUCACACUGGGACACACACUGCAAGCACACUGCUACGUCACCGACCUUACACACAUACCAGCUGUCAGAAAGGUGUGGCAUGAUAAGAUACAGGGCAGCCAAGAGCAGGAGGUAUGCUAUGGAGUAGAGGAGAUUCAAUGCCCGCCUCUGGUUAUUGCAGUGAUGCCGUCUUUGCCCAGAGGAGCAGCAGUGGAACUUCAUGUCAUUGCUGUGCAGGACAAGCCUACAGAAAGGACUUCCUGCCAGAUGACCUCUGAGAUCCCAGGAGGUACAAUCCAUAGGCAGGUGCUGAUAUCCAGUACCCGCCAUUACGCCACUCUGUCCAUGAGUGUGUCCCUGCGUGAGUCAACACCACAGUGCAUGGGCACGGAGGGCAUCCUGGGGGCAGUGAGCAACUCCUUUCAGCAAGCUCUAGAGCAGAUGGAAGAGACUCUGUUUCCUUUAUGCACUAGGAUCUUCUACAAGGACAGCAGUAAAUUAGCCAAUGAGCUCUCUGCAGGGCUGCAGGGUUGCUUCAAGAGCAGACUGGGUGCAAAAAGCACAGCUUUGGUACUGGUUCCUGUGCUGGAGCUGCCGGACUGCACUCUCCUUCACCUCUCCUGUUGGCUCAGCAAGUAAUGGAGGAUGAGGACCAUACACAAUGACCUCGGACUGGAAGGGUGGUAUUUGGCCAGCAUUCAGCAGUAAACAGCCGGACUUAUCAACUUUAAGUCAUUUAACAGUCCAUCUGGCAAGGUGAUCUGCUAGAGCCAGAAUUUGUCUCGUCACCUAGACUUAUUUCUGAUAGGCCAUUUCAAAUGAAUUACAAACUGACUAAACAACAAUCUAUGCACCAACACACACAUUGCUUGAACAGUAGAGUACUAUAUUGUAUGUAUCCUAUGUAUCAUAGACUCUGCUCUGCUGACACCAUUGGUGGGAAUAGAUAGUUUGUUUUUAUAGAGAAUUCUAUUUAUAAUUAUAAAUACAGAAAAUAAACCCAGUUUGUUGUCA